GCCGUGCCCAACAGGGAUGCUGGUGAAGAGUCCUGUGCACUCAUCUGCCAGGUGUUUCAGAUCAUCUAUGGGGACCAGAGCAUCGAGUGCGUGGACCGUGCUGGGUAUCACUACACCUCCACACCCACACGGCCCUGGCUCUCCAGCAGGAGUGUGACCUGCCGCACGGAUGGGACGUAUGGCUACGAUGCUGACUACAGCUGCUGCAGCUCCUUCAAUGGCUCCCACGAGACAUUUGAAGCAUACUACAGCGGCGCCUCCUCGCCCUCCUUCCACCGCUCCCACCACAAAGCCUGCAGCGGCAGCGCCCGGAGCGGUGCAGGACUAGAGCAGCUGCAGGACUACAUGGUGACGCUGCGCAACAAGCUGUCACCACAGGAGAUCCAGCAGUUUGCCCUCCUGCUCCGUGAGUACCGUCUGGGCACAGCAGUGCAGGAAUACUGCACAGAGCUUCUGCGCCUCUAUGGGGACCACAGGAAGUUUCUCCUCCUGGGAAUGAGGCCCUUCAUCCCUGACCAAGACAUUGGGUACUUUGAGACCUUCCUGGAGAGCAUCGGGAUCCGAGAGGGUGGAAUCCUCACCGACAGCUUUGGCCGCAUCAAGCGCAGCAUGAGCAACACGUCAGCCUCGGCCGUGCGCAGCUAUGACAGCUGGUCCCUGCGCUCAGAGUCCGAGUCCUUCAACCGCAUGAUCACGGACAUCACCCAUGACAUUGAGGCACUGGCACGGGACGAGGAGGAGGAGGAGGAGGAAGAAGAGGACAACUACCUCUGA